AUGAAAUCACUCAUUCUACCUACGGAGCACAUAUUAAAACGAGGCGAUUCAGAAGCCAUUGCUUAUGCAUUCUUUCACCUGGCGCAUUGGAAAGCGGUGGAAGGAGCUAUUAAUCUCUUGUACUGCACCUGGGAAGGCACGUUUCGGCUUAUUCCCUAUCCGCUGGAGAAGGGCAAUCUUUUCUAUCCAUAUCCACAUUCAGCCACUGCUACUGAUCGGGAACUGUUACCUAGCUUCCAUAACAUAUCUGUGUACCCCAAGAAGGACGUUCCGUUCUUCAUUCUCUUUACAGCAGUGAUCUGCUCUCUGACAGCCGUCCUGGCCUGUUUGACCCACGUAUAUCCGGAACAGAUGGGCUGGCUCUCAAAAAAGGUGCGUUUCGAAUUACAUCGUUAUCUCAUGUAUUCCUGUUUACCUUUCUCCGCAGACCUUGUAUUGGUUUUUCAGUCCGAUGAACUAUUUACUGGAGAAGCUAGAGAAUAUGCUUUUGCUAUUGUCACCAAGUUCCAGUCGGAAGCUUUGAUUCCCGGUCUUUGCGCGACCGCGGUCGCGCACCGUACUCCUUUAUCAUAUUCUCUCACACAGACGUGA